AUGGCCUUUCCAAGAUCCAUGUGGCUGAACUGUGUAUGGAGAGCGACGGUGGUCCGCCUGCUACACACGGGAUUGAAUGCCACUUUUGCUUUCUCGAUACUUGGAUUUUUGCUUCACGCUGCAGCUGUGUCCUCCCAAAAAUUGGAUGAUACCAACCCAGUGGUGACCACCAACUUUGGCAAGAUAAGAGGGAUUAAGAAGGAACUUAAUAAUGAAAUUUUGGGGCCCGUUAUUCAGUUUCUCGGGGUUCCAUACGCUGCCCCUCCAACAGGGGAGCGCCGCUUUCAACCUCCUGAGCCUCCGUCUCCCUGGGCAGAUAUCAAAAACACCACCCAGUUUGCUCCAGUGUGUCCCCAGAACAUUAUAGAAGGCAGGUUGCCUGAAGUCAUGCUUCCCGUGUGGUUUACUAAUAACUUGGAUGUAGUUUCAACCUAUGUACAAGAUCAGAACGAAGACUGCCUCUAUUUAAAUAUCUAUGUCCCCACCGAGGAUGUCAAAAGAAUAUCCAAGGAAUGUGCCAGAAAACCCGGCAAGAAAAUUUGUAGAAAAGGAGGUCCCCUUACAAAGAAACAGACAGAUGAUUUAGGUGAUAAUGACGGUGCUGAAGAUGAAGACAUUCGGGACAGUGGGGGACCUAAGCCUGUGAUGGUGUAUAUUCACGGAGGGUCCUACAUGGAAGGCACUGGAAAUUUAUAUGAUGGCAGUGUUCUAGCAAGUUAUGGGAAUGUGAUAGUCAUCACAGUCAACUAUCGCCUUGGGGUACUUGGAUUUCUGAGCACUGGGGACCAAGCAGCAAAAGGAAACUAUGGCCUCCUUGAUCUAAUUCAAGCUUUGCGAUGGACUAGUGAAAAUAUUGGGUUCUUUGGUGGUGACCCAUUAAGAAUAACUGUUUUUGGAUCUGGGGCAGGCGGUUCAUGCGUCAAUCUGUUGACUUUAUCCCAUUAUUCUGAAGGUAACCGUUGGAGCAAUUCAACCAAAGGACUUUUUCAAAGAGCAAUAGCUCAAAGUGGAACAGCUCUCUCCAGCUGGGCAGUUAGCUUUCAGCCUGCAAAAUAUGCCAGGAUGUUGGCUACAAAGGUUGGUUGCAACAUGUCAGACACUGUAGAACUGGUAGAAUGUCUACAGAAGAAGCCUUACAGAGAACUUGUCGACCAGGACAUUCAACCAGCAAGAUACCAUAUAGCCUUUGGACCAGUAAUCGACGGCGACGUGAUACCAGACGACCCUCAAAUCUUGAUGGAACAAGGAGAAUUCCUCAACUAUGACAUCAUGCUGGGAGUUAACCAAGGGGAAGGGCUGAAGUUUGUUGAAAACAUUGUGGAUAGCGAAGAUGGCAUAUCAGCCAGUGAUUUUGACUUUGCGGUUUCUAAUUUUGUCGAUAACUUAUACGGAUACCCUGAAGGCAAAGAUAUAUUGAGGGAAACCAUUAAAUUUAUGUACACAGACUGGGCAGACCGGCACAACCCCGAGACCAGAAGGAAAACACUGCUGGCUUUGUUUACUGAUCACCAGUGGGUUGCACCAGCAGUGGCCACAGCAGAUCUUCACUCGAAUUUUGGAUCGCCUACGUACUUCUAUGCCUUCUACCAUCAUUGCCAGACAGAUCAGGUACCUGCAUGGGCAGAUGCAGCCCAUGGAGAUGAGGUUCCUUACGUACUAGGAAUCCCCAUGAUUGGUCCCACUGAGUUAUUUCCUUGUAAUUUCUCCAAAAAUGAUGUCAUGCUAAGUGCAGUGGUGAUGACGUACUGGACAAACUUUGCAAAAACUGGUGACCCAAAUCAACCAGUGCCGCAAGACACAAAAUUCAUCCACACAAAACCAAAUCGUUUUGAAGAAGUAGCAUGGACCAGAUAUUCUCAGAAAGACCAACUGUAUCUUCACAUUGGAUUAAAACCACGAGUUAAAGAACACUAUAGGGCCAAUAAAGUGAACCUUUGGUUGGAACUGGUACCUCAUCUGCACAAUCUUAACGACAUUUCACAGUAUACCUCUACCACAACUAAAGUGCCAUCGACUGAUAAUACUUUCAGACCCACAAGGAAAAAUUCUGUUUCAGUUACUUCAGCCUUUCCUACAGCCAAACAAGAUGAUCCCAAACAGCAGCCAAGCCCAUUUUCAGUGGAUCAAAGGGACUACUCAACAGAAUUGAGCGUUACUAUCGCAGUUGGCGCAUCUUUGCUGUUCCUGAACAUUUUGGCCUUUGCAGCGUUGUACUACAAAAAGGACAAGCGGAGACAUGAUGUUCACAGGAGAUGUAGCCCACAACGUACCACUACCAAUGAUCUCACCCAUGCACAAGAAGAGGAGAUAAUGUCCCUCCAAAUGAAGCACACUGACUUGGAUCAUGAAUGUGAGUCCAUCCAUCCACAUGAGGUGGUUCUUAGGACCGCCUGUCCCCCAGACUACACGCUAGCUAUGAGAAGGUCUCCUGAUGAUAUCCCCUUAAUGACACCCAACACCAUCACAAUGAUCCCCAACACUAUACCAGGGAUUCAGCCCCUACACACAUUCAACACAUUUACUGGAGGACAGAACAAUACGCUGCCCCAUCCUCAUCCCCACCCCCAUUCACACUCAACAACCAGGGUAUAGCCAGACAAGACGAAACAAACUUUAUUUUUUGAUGGAUUACAGUAGGUGAUAUUACUGAAGAUUACUUGGCUUUCAACCUACAAGACUCUUACUAUUUAAAUAUGGAGGAAUAUUAUGUGAAUAUACAUAUCAAGAACAUUUGGGGUUUUGAAAAAAAUGAAUUGUACAUAUAUCAAAUGAACUUAAGAAACAAACAAAACAAAAGAAAAAAAGAAACAAAAAACAAAAAACCCAACUGUUUGCAAUUGCUUGAAGCAGUUGUCCUGAAUGAUACUUUUUCAUUCACAUUCAAGUAUUAAUUUUUUGAAGAUUUAAGUUACAUAAUGGAAUUAGGCAUGUGCAACACAAACAGGAAAGAACUAUGACUGAAAAUUUUAAAAACCUAUAAAUAUGCACAAGGGACACACUAAUGGAAUGUCAGAUAAUUUUCACCAAUUUUUAUUUGGACCUGUUUUCUUGUGUAGACCAUAUUUACAUAUUUGAAUAAGUACACAAAGCACCAAUGCUGUUAAGGCCUUAGAAAGGGGCUCAUGCUGAAAUCUGCCAGUCAGAGAAGUUUUACAGCCUGGCAGGUACAACAUUAUCACAUAAGUGCUGUCAGUAUAAAAGUUGUGGGAAUAAAGGAAACUGGAUAUUUUUAGCACGAUGUGCAUGAUAAUUUAUAUGCUUGGUGGCUGUGCUGCUGAUUAAGCCGUAAUUAAAAUUCUUCUCAUCCCAUUGGAGUUUUUAAUAGAAGCUUUUUCCAUCAAUUGGCACAACCUAAAGUUGUUUUUUUAAAGGGGCAAAAAGUAAUUACAGUAAAAUAUUUCAUGGUAGCUUCUGAAAAGGAAGGGAUUGCAACAGUUCUUAAAGGUAUUUAUGGCAUUCUAGGUAUACAGUGUUGGACCCUCACUGAUAUGAAUCCCAGACAAAAAAAUGUAUACUAUUAAUGUUCUUUUUCCUUUCCACCUAAAUAAUUUCUGACUUUGAAAUAACUAUAACUUUAAUGGAAUUGCCUUUGAUGAAGGAUUUAUAAUUUGCUGUGAUUUAGUUACAGAGUAUUUUGUUCAAAUUGAUGAGGUAAAGUGUGUCCAAAAAUUUAAUUGCAAUGACAUUUUGCCAUUUAAAAAUGCCCCAAUAUUACUGCUCUGAUUACACCUUUCAGCUUAUUGUUUCAACUCAUGUUGCAUGUUACAAAGUUUACUUAUAAUACUUUAAUAUAAUGUUAAUUCCCUUUUUGCUAUACGUUAGCUUUGUCAUUCCAAUUAAUUCUCUAGACCAGAUGGCAAGAGUGUAGAAAAAGAGGGUAUAUGAAAACGGGGAGAGAGCCAACAACUGGAAAUUUAAAAAUCUGGAUACUACAUAUGUUUGUGUGAUUUGAAGUGAAUGUUCUAAAAUCACAAGAAAUUUUUCAUUCCCCCGUUGCUUUCCAGUAAUUCUAUACCAUGGUCCUUUCAAAACGUUUGUAUAUGUAAUCAGAUGUACAUUUAUAUAAAAGAAAUAAUUGAGAUGGACUUAAGAGCACAUCCCUGAUAAAUACUUUCUCUCUUACCUGUACUAUAUUUCUAUUAGACUAAAGUUAUGUGAUUUUUUUUUACAUUUUUUCAAAUUACUAGCAAUUUUGAUAGUUUGUAAGAUAAUGCGAAGAACUUUCUCUGACAAACUAACUGCAGUAACAGAAACAUUUCUUUUCAGUUACUCUUUUUCAAGAAUGAAAGCUUAUUACACACAAAAAUUGUAUACUACUUGAUGGAAAAUUACUUUGUAUUUCUUGGCCAUAUUACUGGUCACUGAGUGAAAUAAAGAUAAUCUGGAUAACGAAUAUUAUUCCAAUGUUAAGAGACCUGAUCUUUGCUCAUUAAAGAGCUAAAAUGUU